GCUAAAUGGACCAAGCCAGCCUUGAUCUUGCACUCUUCCUGCCUUAACUUCCUGAGUAGCUGGGAUAAGUAGCAGGCACGGCACCAUGUCUGGCUAAAUAGAAGAAAAUCUCAACCCCAACACAUUUGAGCCUCCAAAGUCUUUACUUCCCAAGAGCAGGAAAUACGAGGAGCGUGUGCUGCGGAAAACAAUUGGUGUACUCUAGCUGACGCUAAAUUGCAGCUGCAUCGGCCGUGCAUGAUAUGGCUGCUGUCAGGAAAGUCAGUUGUGUACAGAACACUGCUGGGCUGGAGGCUGCAGGUACUGAAGAGUUUAUUGCGGAAUUCUGGUGAUAUGGUAUCUGAAGAUGCAGACAGACAGGAGGAGAAGGUGACCACACUGAAUAAGGCACAAGAUAAAACCAAGCAGUCUUGAAAGAGCAAGGCACUCCUUCCCCCUGUUAUUUGUAAGCUGACAUGAGGCAAGCAGACACCUUCUGAAGUUUUAUGCAUGCUGUUUUCUGUCUGUGCUGCAACAAAAAAGCAUUUUCUUUUAACCUGAUUGCCUGGAGGAAGUGACUCAGACAUCUUCAUGGCCUCUAAAGAUACACAGAACCAAAAAGGUAGACGCCUACCUCAUUUUCUUCCUGGAACUCCAGACCCAGACCAAAGCUGUGUCAUCUCGUCCUCCAAUGCAGGGAACCAAGUAUGGCAGCCAGGACCCCGUCCACCAAGCAGCUUCCUGCCAACAGUCAGUGUGGUUCCUGGUCUAGAAUAUUUAAACCAGUUAGACCUGAUAAUUAUACACCAGCAGGUGGAGCUUCUGGGAAUGAUUCUUGGCACUGAAACCUCCAACAAAUAUGAGAUUAAAAACGGCUUGGGACAACGAAUUUACUUUGCAGUGGAGGAGAGCAUCUGUUUUAAUCGUACGUUCUGCUCCACGUUGCGAUCCUGCACUCUGAAAAUCACAGAUAACUCAGGUCGAGAGGUGAUUACAGUAAACCGGCCCUUAAGGUGUAACAGCUGCUGGUGUCCUUGUUACCUACAAGAGUUAGAAAUACAAGCCCCUCCUGGUACUACGGUUGCUUAUGUGGCACAGAAGUGGGACCCCUUUCAGCCUAAAUUCACAAUCCAAAAUGCAGACAAAGAAGAUAUUUUGAAAAUUGUUGGUCCUUGUGCAACAUGUGGCUGUUUUGGUGAUGUGGAUUUUGAGGUGAAAACCAUGAAUGAAAAGCUCACAGUUGGGAAGAUUUCAAAGUACUGGUCUGGAUUUGUAAAUAAUGUUUUCACAAACGCUGACAACUUUGGAAUCCAUGUGCCUGCAGACCUCGAUGUGACAGUUAAAGCGGCGAUGAUUGGUGCCUGUUUCCUCUUUGAUUUUAUGUUCUUUGAACAUUCACUAGCUGGAUUAUAACAAGCAAGCUGACAAAAACAAUAAAAUAUGCAGAACAUAUUUCAACAUCCCUUGGGCUCCAGAUUUCAUUUCUGAUGGUUUGAGUGUUUAUUUUUUUAAAUUAAUGUUAAUUAUAAUAUUUAUUAAAUCAU